GGAGCGUGUGUGUACGCGAGAGAGAGAGAGAAAGAGGACGAAAGAGCGUGUGGAGGCCCUCGGCGCGACAGUAGUAACAGCGCGCGCGCCCGCGGUCGAAAAGCACGGCCGAAGAGGUGUCCUCGUUUUUCUCUCUCUCUCUCUUCGCGACGUCUUUUUCCGUCAGCGCCGACGAGAGGCAGGAAAGAAAGAAAAGCAAAAAGGUCCGGGAGAAGGAGAGAGCAGAAGGACCCACCGUCGGGCCCCACCGUACGUCGUCCCCGGUGGUGGUGCUCCGGUGGUGAACAACUGUACGUCGCAACGAGGGUGGCACGACGACGACGACGACGACGACGACGACGACGACGACGAGGAGGAGGAAGGGGCAAGGGCGGUUACGGGCGAGUCGGGGAAGGACGAGGUCGGACGGCGAGAGCGUGACCGGAAUAAAGCAGGGCGUUAGGACGACGGAGGAGUAGACGGGAGGAAUUAAAAAAGUGCGCGCCCAGUCGAGACGCUGCCGGAGUCGUCUCGAGUCGAUAUAAUCCCCGAUAUCCUGUUAAUAGAUAGCAGAGGAUAAUGCACGGUGAUAAAGGAUAAACUCCGCGGACUAUCCCAGGAUAAUACCUUUCGAAGCUACUUUCGAAGGAUCUGCCCGCCCUUCUAUGAUCCUUCGUCCUGUGAAACGUCCCCGGUGGAGUGACGUCGCGGGGUAAUUGAGAAACUCUCCCUCGAUAAAGAGAAGGAGAAAGAGAGAGAGAGAGAGAGAGAGAGGGAGAGAGAGUUCCAGUGAGAGUCCAGCCGCGUCCGCGAGAGAGUCGGUGCAUUGAGGUGAACGAGGAAAAGAUAUCUGCGAGGAUAAUUGAUCCCGGACCGAACCCGCCGCCGUCAGUUCUCGACGGCUCUUCGACGUUCCACGUCGCGCCGCUCUCGCCGCGAGUUUCAGUGACAUGCCGUUCGGCAUUAACGGGUGCAGUGCGUCGAGGGAUCCUGCCGUGGGCCAUCCUGGGACAUCGCGAAUCAUCGGUGGAAGUGCCGUAUGUUCGUGAAGCUCGUGGCCCGCGUCGUUCGCUUUGCUGUCUUUCAUGUCAAAAAUAAAACCACUCGCGGGAGCCACGCGAAUUCAGCCAUUGGACGCAUCGACUGCGGUGCUCGUGUAACAAAGCUGCGGCGGGCUGGAGAACGGACAUCGAGGGAAAGUGCGAUCACUCGGCAUGAAGGACAUGCGCUGGCUCGUUUGCACCUGCAUCCUCACGGCGACGACGGUGCUCUGCUGCCGGCAGAGCGAGUUUCAGUGCGCCAACGGCCGCUGCGUCACCCUCAACAAAGUCUGCAACGCGUUCGACGACUGCGGGGACGGGAGCGACGAGACGCGUCCAUGCUCGCCUUGCAAUAAAACAUACUACGGUGACGUGGGGAAGACGUACGACCUGGAACUGCAUCGACCAAAGGAGGACAAGGUGCCUUACAUUUGCAAGCUCACCUUCAACGCGCCAGGUGACGAUUUCGGCGAUAUAGUGCAGCUGACCUUCGACAGCUUCACCCUGGGCAAGUUCGUGUCCUUUACCGCGGAGGGAUGCCCGGACGGGUCGUUGCAGAUCUCGGAGGCGCAGCGUCCCGACGUCGGCGGCCUCUGGUGCGGCACAUCCUGGGGCCCGGCGAUUUACUACAGCGAGACACCCAGCGUCUCGAUCAUCCUCAAGCUGCUCAGACUCAGUAAAGAUCAGACGGGAUUCAACUUCGACUUCAGGAUGGCGUACAAGAUGAUCAGGAAGUCGGACGCGGUGGUGCGCUACGGGAAUCCCUUCGUCGGAAUAACGCAGGUCGUCGGGACGCCGGCGUCCACCGAGCGCACGUCCGUCGAGUACGCGAACACGUCGAUGGCGAUGCCGGUGCAAAUGGUCGAGCAACACGUGCAACCACCUACGAAGCCGAGCUCCGAGCAGUUCUUAGGGGACCUAAUAUCCGGGACUUACUGCUCCCGUAUAUUCACCGACUGCGACCGGAAGAAGUGCAGAUUGCAGUCGCCUAACUUCCCCGGGCUCUAUCCUCGCAAUCUCACCUGCUAUUAUGCGGUGAGGCAGCACGAAGUGCCGGCAGGCAAGCACGCCUUAAUACACGUAAAACAACCCCGAGGCCAAUUGGUAGCUGUUAGGGCGCGACCAGCUACUCAGGCCGAGCCGCCACCUCGGGAACUGCGACUCUGGCAAGAUUGCGACGUCGUUCAGGACUACGUAACGGUGUAUGACGGAUACACCACCAGGGAGCCGGUGAUCCUGAAAUUCUGCGGCGGCGGGGAGCCGGUACCGGAGGCCAUCAGCAGCGGCCCGGAGAUCCUCGUGGAGUUUACUACCUCCCCUUAUGGCACCUUCUUACAUCCGACGCCGCCCCAUUCUCUACAUGGGUUCCAAUUAGAAGUGCAAGUCACGUUCGUCGACGCCGAAUCGCCCACCUACGCCAAGAAUAAACGCUGCGAGUUCUGGCUGAGGGGCACCGGCGGAGGCGUCCUCACGUCGCCCCGUCACUCACUGCCGAGGAACAGCACGUGCCUGUACCAUCUUCGCGGAUCCGGGCCGGCCCUGCCGAGCCCGACGCCGCCGCGACCGUUGCCGAAGUUCCCGGAACAGCGACCCGGUACCGUCUGGCGGCGACCCGCGCCGAGACCGCCGCAGCCACAAUUCCGCGUCUGGUUGUCGAUCCUCAAGUUCCACGUGGGCACCAGUCUGUCCAGCACCGACGAGGACUGCUCGACCACGCUGAUGGUCUGGGACGGUGAGAUGAUGCCGUUGUCCGAGUGCAACGACGUCGUCUGCGAGAAGGAACGUCAACGUUACGCGGAGAGGAUGGGCGACCCCAUUCAACCCGUCCUCGCGCGACCCGCGAGUAAUACCACGCUGCUGGCGAGAUAUUGCAAGGACAAAGUACCGAGGACCUGCGACCACGCUAUCCUGCAAAAUACCAGCCGCCCGUGUUCUCUAGGGGAGAGCUUCGUCUCAUCGGGCAGCAGUCUGACUAUCGAGAUGCGUAUGGUCGAGUCGACUGCGCUCAGACCCGUGAACUUCCGCGCGCUGUACGAGUUUGUCGAUCUCCAUCAGGACGGCGAGCCGUACGGCAGCGGGCCGUGCUCCCGCGUCUUCUACAGCCGCAGUCGGGACCAUUAUCCCGACCGUAAAUUCCAAGGUCCGCGCGACAUAUUUCUGUACGGUCGCGGAGGCUCCAAGAAUAUAAGCUGCGUGUACCGCUUCGAAGGAGAGCACGACGAGGUGGUGCGGCUGAGGUUCAACAAGCUCCUCAAUGGCAAUCGCACCUGCCGCAGCGUUACCAGCCCCGACUUCAAUAGGCUACUCUGCGUCGGCUCCGAGAACUUCUCGCUCAAGGUACUCGAUUUACCCUGGCCAAACGCGCCGCCCAUCCAGCGCGACUGUCUCUGCUCGAAUCGAUCGUUGCCCAUCAAUAUCAAGUCCACCUCCAAUUUCGCCGAGGUGCGUUUCACCGUUCUGUCGAUGGACGCCUUGGACGAUUACAACAAUCUGUUCUUCGAGGGUACCUGGGACUUCGUGAAGACGGUGCCUUGUCUGCAGAAGCGCAGAGUCAGGGGCCCGUCGGGCGAGAUCAAGUACACAUCACCGUCCGAGGAGGACGAGCAGAAGAAUUGCGAGAAUCAGCCGUGGCUGAUCGACCCCGGCCCGGGUCAGUACUUGUACGUGAAGAUGCACGGCAUAAUCAUGUCGAACAAGACCAAGUGCGCGACGAAGAAUCGCAUCAUCGUGCACACGGGCGGCGCGAUUCACGUGUCGGUGUGCCCGAAACCACCUGCCGACUCGCGGCACCACGUGGUGGAGGUGUUCAGCGACGGUUGGGCCGUCAGCAGCAACGCGAUGAUCCUCGCGCCCGGGCAAGACCCGAUCAGAACCAUCGCCGUGGAGUUCAUCGUGAAAGAGCCGGCUUCCUACACGGUCACGUGGCUCGAGCUCACCAGAAGACCCCCGGUGACGUCAACGGCGGGCCUGCAAAUGUCGCGGGACUGCGAGCAGCGUUGCCCGGAGUUGGACGCGUGCAUAAACGCCUCCCUGUGGUGCGACGGGGUGUCCCACUGCCCCUCCGGCUACGACGAGGCUCUCACGCACUGCUCGGUGCUGCUGCAGCUGGCGCCGUUGCACCUGAUCCUGGCCACGCUCGGUGUGGUCAUCGUCCUUGGCAUCGUCUGCUUCGCCGUGUGGUGGGCUUGCCGGCACCGCACCAGUCGCUCGAUAUCCCAGCACCGGCUGAAGAGCAUCUCCUCCGAGACGGCGAUAAUCGACGGCAAAGAAGUGAUAUGCUGACACAGCGACAGUUCUGUGCGUUACGUCGAGGUCGACCGAGUCACCACCGUGUGACGAUCGCCGUCCACGUGGUGGUCGUCGUCGCCGUCGUCGUCGUCGCCGUCGUCGUCGCCGUCGUCGUCGUCGUCGUCGUCGUCGUCGUCGUCGUCGUCGUCUUUUCCGUGGUCGGUCCGAGUUCCAGCGGUCCUCCGUAACGCGAUCCUACGACUCCGCUCGGCUCUCCUCUUCCUUUUCCUGUCGUGAAGAGCCGAGAGCCAGCCGCCGGGAGGAUCCGCGGAAACGCCUCCGCGUAACGCGCAGAACUGUCGCACCGUAAGGGAGAAGAGAAGUUAAGCGGAAAAACCGCUUCGGCUCUUGCUGAUCGGUAAACACGCUCGAUGCUCGAUGACUCGGGCGAUGAAGGAGAACACGAGAUUCUUUGCCGAGGGAGCGCUUUCGUUCCGGCUCGAUGCGGCCGGCCGCUCGAUAACGAGAGAGAGAGAGAGAGAGAGAGAGAGAGAGAGAGAGAGAGAGAGAGAGGGAGAGAGGGAGAGAGGUGUAUGUCUCGGGAAAUGACGACGGGUGAGUUGAAGAAGAGGUAAUCUGGUCGAGAUUCAGGUAUGGGACAGACAUUCGGGUGCCUUUUCUUUGUUGGAAGAAUGAGUCCGCUGACGUCUGCUGACGGUGUCGGGAUAAGGACGCGGAAUAUCGGCGAAUCGAUUAAUCGCUGCCACUUUGCAUUCAUUAACGCGUUGCUGCUGCGUAAUCACGUACGGUUAUAUAUUUACUGAUUAACGGUACGGUUAUAUUUUCAUGGACAACGGUACACUGCCACUGUACGGUCUCCUCGUUUCGUCGACUCAGGGCGAUCGCAACUUUCCAAUUUAGGAUCUAACGAUACAGCCGGGAUUCGUCCGAUGACCGCGUCAGCAGAGAAGUCCAGACACGACGCGGUUGGGUCGCACAGCUUUGUCUCAUCUCCGCGGACAUCGAAUCGUAUACUAAGCGUUUCCGCGAUAAGACUCGCGCGUCCCGUUCUCCAGUCUGAAUGCUUUCGUUAUCUUCGCGCGCACGUGAACGAGAUCUUAUUAUGCUCAUGUUGCCUGAUUACUUUCCCGAAGAGCAGUUACACGUCCCACAGGAAAGUUUCGCAAACGAUUCCCCGUCGAAGUGCCGUCGAGAGUCAUCUCGAAGCUCGAAUCUCGAGGAUGGACGGAAAAACGGAGAGGAACGCGGGGCCGCGGGAGGGAGAGGAGGACGCGAAAACGCGUGACGUAAGUCGCGGGAUUCAAGUGCGAACUACUUCAACGAGGACAAUAAGUAAUAAAAUCCUAGUAGUACGUCGCUUACGUUACGGUGGAACGACUCGACGGUGCCGCGCGAUCGAGCGACGCUGCGCGCGCCUUGCUCGCCGGACUUGGACGAUUAGCGCGAAGAGCCGCGGGACUAAACGGCGGCGCGGGCGGAGCGUCGCGCACCUUGUGCCGUUAAUAACCGAGAUCGGGCAAUGUAAUAAGUGAAAACGAUGCGGUGGGCUCGGGCGGAUCGAUAAUGCUUUGUUAGCAGCGGGAUUUGCGAACGGGAGUUUCGUCGGCAUCGAUUGACCUUAAACGCGGUUUACCUCUUUGGUCACGGCUAACCCGUCGUCGGUGUAAGCGCAUGCUUGCGUUUCGAGUUUUGCGGGAGUUAACGGGACGAGUUGACGACCGGUCUCGUCCUGCCCGGUCGUUCCUUCCCUCCAGCAACGAUCAUCGGCGACGAAUCGUCCCGAAAUCACGUAUUUCGCUCGAUCGAGGAGCCUCGCGAAGCGAUUUGCGCCUCGCGUUGCACGAUGUCGUGUUUGAGGUGUCAUGAGUCCCGAACGACGUCUCGACGGAGCUGUCGGCGAUGUUGAUCGGCCGAUCAAGGCGCAUCGCGUCGGUCCGAUCGACGGCACCCGCGAAUGAUGAAGAGAAGCACCUCGUUCAGAGAUCCGAGACAUCGAGCGUCGUGCGCGCAACGCGCUAGUUUUACCAUAAGACGUUAGACUCCUCGUGAGGAUUAAGAGUUUCAUUAAGGCACGAGCCUUAAUCGUGCAGAGAGCCGGGCGCACCUUCCCUGCGCCCCUGCGUCUCGUGUUCUUUUUUUUAAGGAAAGAAAGAAAAGGAAGAAAGCGCAGAGGAGAGAACAGGGGAGGAGAAACACGCGCGUGACAUGACUCACACACGAGAUUGUCUGUAGAAAAAAAAGAAAAAUCGAGAAGGAGGAGAAACGAGAAAUAAAGGAUA